UUAAUACUGGAUAUGUCUUAUGUCUUAACACUCGAUGAUGCUGAACAAGAUAGAAUGGUAGAACAGCAUUAUUUAUUACGUACAGCAUUCGGAUCUGACUUUAAUUCACCUAUUCGUUCACAACUACGAAAGGGGAUUGUCGUCUUGGACGUUGGCUGUGGCCCUGGUACUUGGACAAUGGAAAUGAGUACCGCUUUCCCUCAAUCUACUUUUAUUGGCAUUGAUCAAAAGGUAUUCUAUCCAAGAGACAUCAAGCCACGUAAUUGCCAUUUUAGGACAUGUGAUUCUAUUGUGGCACACAACAACCAUGAUAAUCCUACUAACAAUGCAGUUCCAUUGUUACCCUUUCCUGAUAAUAGUAUUGAUUACAUUUAUCAACGUGAUAUGAACUGGGCAUUAAAAGGACAAGUCUGGCAACUUUUAUUACUUGAAUAUCAGCGUGUUCUAAAACCAGGAGGUUGGAUUGAGUUUGUUGAGCCAGAACUUGAAACACAAAAUAGUCUUGAAAAUGAAUGUUUUAUGAAUGAUAAAUUGAUUCAUGGACUAAGCUUACGUCAACAAGAUCCUUAUGUUGUUCAUCGUUUACCUACUUUACUUUCUAUUCACGGAUUUAAACGUGUAGAAGAUAUAUCUCAAAUGUUUCCAUUAGGCUGGGGUACCUUUAAUGAAACAAAUUCAUCCAUUAUCACGACUACACCACAAGGGCAUUGUUCUGAAUUUGCAAGAGCUAUGUCAAGUCAAUAUCUCUUUUUAUUAAAAUCUUUAAAGCCUUGGUUAUCUAUCGUCAUGAAUCUUAGUUCUGAAAAAUAUGAUGACUAUAUCACUAGUUUACCAGAAGAAUGGAGGCAUGCACACACUUAUAUUAAAUGGCAUUCUAUCAUUGCUCAAAAACCAUAUAUAUAAAUAAUAAAAAUAAUAAAAAUAUAUGUAACUAUAUACAUAUAUUUAUAUAUAUAUAAGAAUAUGUAUAAAAAGAUAUACAUAUAUACAUAUAUGUAUACAUAUUUAUU